CCGUUGUACAGUGUCCGGCUAAGUACAAAACUUCAGACGCCUGGAUUUCUGCUUCUGAUUAAAAUGUCUGGAGCCGCCAGUCAUCUGUAUAAAGUAAGGGCCCUUUACAAGAAGAUUCUGAUCCUUCACCGCCUAUUGCCCCUGCACCUGAAAGCCUUGGGUGACCAGUAUGUUAAAGACGAAUUUAGAAGACACAAAAGUGUAAACUCUCACGAAGCCAAACUUUUUAUGGAAGAGUGGGAGGCCUAUGCAACAACGUUGUGGAAACAAGCCAAAGAGCAACGGGGGACAGAAGGUGUGCAUAGAUACGGAGCUCCUCUUUCAGAGCAAAAACUUAAUGCUUUCCACGAAGAACAGUUGGGACAAUUACUCGAGCUUAUGCAAGAAGCCACCAAACCUAAACCUCAGUUUGAAGUUGAUGAAAAUGUUGAUCCAAAGUAAAACCUUGCCACGUAUUUUAA